AUGGCGCAACCUUUCCCCUAUACAUACUACUCCUGCGACUGCUAUGACAGUAAAGUUACCUCCAUCCCCGCAAAUCGCUCCUCCCAGCAGCCACAACCCGACCAAGAUGAAGACGAACGCAACUUCGACCCUCGGAACCCCCGCUCGAACUUCUCCUUAUACCCGAUCGAACAAUUGCUCUACUGUGAGGAUUGCCAGCAGAUAAGGUGUCCGCGAUGCGUGUCCGAGGAGACUCAGAACUGGUACUGUCCGAGCUGCCUGUUCGAGGUACCCAGCUCGGUCAUCAAGAGCGACGGACACAGGUGCUCGAGGAACUGUUAUAACUGCCCAGUAUGCAUGUCCGCCAUGACCGUCUCCUCCCUCGAAAACCCCGCCGAACCCUCUCCCACCGGCGGUCCGUACAUCCUAGCCUGCCCAUACUGCCAUUGGUCUACCGUCGAGACAGGGAUAGAAUUUGAAAAGCACACAGGGAUCACAGCGCAGCUGUCACGAGUUGCAAAUGGUGGAAAGCACCUACCGACACAGAAAGAGCGAGAAAGAGAACGUGACCGAAGAAAAGAGCUGGAGAACCGUCGAAGUCGAGACCUGCUAUCAGGAUCGGAGGACUCACCCGGGCUAAAUCGAGACGACGAUGGCCCCCUGACACACGAGGAUCUCUACUCGAACCUGAUGGCCUUCUACAAGGCACAACUCGCCGCGCAGUCCUCAUCAAGCAUGUAUUCACCGCACGACCUGAGCUUCGCAUCCCCAUCAUCCUACUCCCGGCUUCUCCUAAGCUACUCGACCUCCUCCAAGAAACAAAAGCGCGACAAGCCCUCCCAGAUGCGAGAAGCCGCCUCCCCGCUCGAAGGCCUCGUCCUACACGACCCAACCACCGACACAGCAGCCAUCGACCGCAUCCGCCGAGAAGGCUGGUCGUCGACGCUCUCCCCGGCCCAGAAGCUCUCCCAAACCAACCACCCAACCAUCCGCUUCACCGACGAGCUCCGCCCCAUGGCCUCGAUCCUCUGCACGAAGCGCGGAAAGCGCUGCCGCUCCUGCCGCCAGUACCUCUCGAAGCCCGAGUCGAAGAUAACCUCCACGCGCUACAAAAUCAAACUCCUAGCCCUGAACCACAUCCCGCGACUCUCCCUCCGCGCCCUAUCCUCCGUCUCCACCCCCACCGCUCGCCCCUCCUCCAUCUCCUCCAUGCCCUCCUCGCAAAACCCAGAAUUCGACUACAACAACCUCCGCCCGGGAAUCCCCACCCACUUCCUCCUGCACCUCUCCAACCCGCUUUUCGACAAGAUCCGCGUCACGCUCGCCACGCCGUCGGUCACGCCGGGAAGGAUACAGUCGCGCGUCACGAUCCUGUGUCCGCAGUUCGAAGUCGGCGCCAACACGGACGUGUGGGACGAUGCGCUGACCGGUCCUGGCGGGGGCGUCUCUGCCGCGUCGGGGGGAGCAGGAGCAGGAGGUGGGAAGUAUGGCGGAGGCGCGUCAGAGGGCCACCAGAUCGAGGCGGGCAAGAUAUGGGAUCGUGGGCGGAAUUGGACGACUGUGGUGUUGGAGGUCGUGCCUGGUUUCGCGAAGCCGCUCGCCGGGGCUGACAAGGAGGAGGUGGGCGAGUUGGACGAAGACGAGGACGUGCUUGAGAUUCCGAUCUUCGUGCGGUUGGAGUUCGAAGCGGACGUUGGGGUCGAGGAGCGCGGGUUGGGUGAUAGUCGUGGGAGUCGGGGCGGGGGUGGCGGCGCUGGCGGCGCUGGCGGUGGUGCUGGAAGCGGUGAGACGAGGGAGAAGAGGGAGGAGGCGUUCUGGACUGUCGUUGGGGCAGGCAGGAUCGCUGACGUGUGA